GCACACGAGCUACCACGUAGUCCUCAACGCAAGCACUAUGUCCCAAGUCCGCCAAGCGCUGAACACCAUCCGAGGUAGCCUGUCUGGCAACGCCCCUCGCACGACGCACUCGUCCUCGGCCGUCCUACCUGCACCGGUGGUCUUCAACGGUCCCAGCGGAUCCCGCCCGGUCAGCUCUCCCUCUAAUCCGGACUCGGAGCAAUACAGCAACACCAUGUUCGCGUCGCAUUCGCGCCUCAUCUUUGACGGGCCAGCUGGCUCGCGCCCGAGAGGCUCAGCCUGAACGCACCGUGGCUGGUCUCUGAGCCAAAUUGUUACAUAAAUCGCUGAGAAUCACCAGGCCAGCUGACUGCCGGGAGGCUCGCUAAAAACGCGCAUAGUCGAUGCCCAUUCAGUACGCGAUCCCGGAUACAAUCAUGGACCGUCCUUCCUCGGCGCUGGCCGUAUGCUAUACAUAUCGAAAGAAACGAACGAAGCAGUAC